CCUGAUGUCUUCCGCAUUGGCACGUUACAGGUGUUGUGUGUGUUUCUCCACGUCAGUCACUGUUGUUGUUUUCAUCAUCACAUAAGCUUCAGUUGUCGGGUGAUCGCUGACUGCACAGAUAUGUCAUUACAAGAGUCUGAUGACAGCUACGAUUUCGUCUUUAAAAUCGUUCUGGUUGGUGAUGUCGGUGUCGGGAAAACUUGUGUGGUUCAGCGGUUUAAGACCGGUAUAUUCAUCGAGAAACAGGGGAACACUAUCGGAGUGGAUUUCACCAUGAAAACGAUGGAAAUUCAGGGGAAGAGAGUGAAGUUACAGAUUUGGGACACAGCUGGACAGGAGCGGUUUCGCACCAUCACACAGAGUUACUACCGCAGUGCCAACGGUGCCAUCAUCACUUAUGACAUCACAAAAAGAGCCACCUUUAUGUCUGUGCCCAAGUGGAUGGAGGAUGUAAAGAAAUACGGUGGUUCCAACAUCGUUCCUCUUUUAAUCGGUAAUAAAUCAGAUUUGACUGACAUGCGUGAAGUGUCGUCGGAGGACGCACAGACCAUGGCUCACCAGCUGGAUUUCGUUAACGCCAUCGAGACUUCAGCCAAGGACUCUGUUAAUAUAGAAGAGGCAUUUAACAAAAUGGCCAACGAGCUCAUCCUCAGACAUGGCGGGCCCAUGUUCAAUGAAACCGUGACAGACAGCUUCAAACUGAACAGCAAAGACGUGAGCGGCGAGGGCUGGGGGUGUGGCUGUUGAUAUCUGCCUUUUCAUGAAGCAAUAAAAGCUUUGGUGAUUACCAUCCAGUCAUGUAAGUCAGGUACUAUCACAUAGUGCUUGUUUAAUGCAUUUCCGGAAGGAUAAACUGAAGUGGUUCAGAUUAUGCACAGGACAAGAAAACAUUCUGUGAUGGUUAAUAAAAAGCGUUUCCAUCUGGUUUUCUAAUCCUGGUUAAACUGUGAAGACACUGGCUAGACGCAGUUGUCAUUACUAAGGGCAAAAUUCUCCUGGGGUCACAUGACUUGUUGCACAAUGCAGAUCUAUUUUGUAAAAUCAUUAUAUCCAAAUUGUACGUUAAUGAAUUUUCUUGAUGAUUUAGGUUUGAAAGUAAGUAAUGUUACAAGAUACAUACACAUAAAUGCAUAUUAAGCUAUUACUAAAAUGCAGUUGAUGCAAUUCAUCCUUUAGAAUGCACAUCACACGAACAUUGAGCGUUCAUUCCUGCCAUUGAAAUGUUGGGGUCAGCAGUAUUUUCAUUCAACAAGAUCUUUAAAGUUCUGUCUAAAAAGCUGCCAUUAAUAGUGUAGUCAUGUGAUUCGAUGACUAUACUCAUGCACACGCCUUUUAUAAUCUAUUCAUAAAACCAGCAGAGUUUUGGAACUGUUCGACUGCUUUUGCGACCCCCUAUAAGACUUAGAGGCCACGUGGGCAUUUAUUUUAUAUAACUUUGGUUCAUUUAAACCACCACAAAGCCUUGUUCAGAUAAAAGGUUUUUAAACUAUGAUGAAAAUCUUCGGAUAAUAUUUGACCAUGUUUAAUUUAAGAUAAUAUUGCAAUGAAGAAUUGGGAAAUAGCAGAACGUCUUGUUUCGUUUCAAGUGGGCAUAAAAAAACAGAGCCAUUUUACAUGCAAUGUCUUGUAUUUAUAUUAGCAUGCAAUCUUUUCUUGAGGUUAACAUCUUUGGUACGUUUACAGUAUAUGUAUGUCAUUAAUUGAUGUAUAAAUGAAAUCAACAUGUACAGUAUACGGUGGCCAAUGAUAAGAAUGGAAAGUUUACGUUUUACACAUUCUUUUGUCGUUUUUAGUCAAAUUUUGUACCGGAUAUUUGCCUAAAGUUAUGAGUGAGAGGAAGGAGACAGUAUUUAAGCGUUAUGUGUUGUCAAAUGUUGUUGAAGGUAAAUAACAUUGAAUGAGGAUUCUUGAAAAUAAUAACAGUGCCUUGUAGUCUGUUUUCAUGUUACUAUGCAUUUUAUGUCAAUCAUUGAAAUCUUGUACUUGGUGAUAAAUUGUUCAUUUAUUAUUUUAUCAAUAGAACUUUCACAGCAUAAAUUAUGUGUUAAACGGAGAUUCAAAAUAAAGUUAUUUUACUAAACUUUAUAUAUUGA